AAAAUGAAAUGAAAGUGUUAUAGCUAAAAUAAUCCCUGUUUAGGAUCUGACGGUAGCAAGAAUACAAGCUCCCACACGUUCUAAUGCAUUUUUAACUAGCUCCAUCUGCAUUGCCUCAUACAUCAAAUGCUGUCAUGCAAUGUUGCAUAAUCCAUGUGUGUGUGUCUAUAUAAGUACAACUGGGAUGUAACUGCCUUAACUACUACAAUUGCUGACUACAGGAAACCACGUCAUCUGAGAUUAGCACUUUGUAACUUAGAAGCCUGAAAAAUGAAGCCUAAAAUGAAGUACUCAACCAACAGAAUUUCCACAGCCAAGCGGAAGAACACAGCAAGCAAAGCCCUGUGUUUCAAACUGGGAAAAUCCAAACAGAAGGCCAAAGAAGUUUGCCAUGCGUACUUUAUGAAGCUCCGCUCUGGCCUUACAAUAAAAAAGGAGGCCUGUGACUUUAUGAGAGAAACCACCAAAAGACCUUCACUGAAAACAGGUGGAAAGCACAAAGAACACCUGGUACUCACUGCCUGUCAACAGCAAUCUACCAUGAAGUGCUUUGCCUUUGAUAUAUCAGUGGUCCCGAAAUAUGCUAAAGCACUUCAUGCUGCAAGUAUCCCAGGAAUUUCACCUAUUACAGAAUCUCUUGCUUCCCUAAGCACAUACAAUGAUCAAUCCAUUAUUUUUGCUUUGGAGGAUGAAAGUUAUGAGAUAUAUGUUGAAGACUUGAAAAAAGAUGAAGAAAAAGCCAAAGUGUUACUGAGUUAUUACGAGUCUCAACGCUCAUCAAAUGAAUCAGGUGAUGGCGUUGAUGGUAAGAUGUUAAUGGUAGCCCUGAGUCCUAUGAAAGACUUCUGGUUGCAUGCCAACAACAAGGAGUGCUCUGUGGAGCUCCAUAAGUGUGAAAAACUACUGCCAGACCAAGCCUUCUUUAUCCUUCAUAAUAUGCCCUACAACUGUGUUUCAUUUGAAUGCAAGACUGAUCCUGGAGUGUUUAUAGGUGUAAAGGAUAAUCAUCUUACUCUGAUUAAAGUAGACUGUUCUGAGAAUUUGUGUGAAAAUAUCUUGUUUAAGCUCUCUAAAACUUAGUUGAUGGAAACUUGUGGGUCUUGGGUUGGGUACCCAAAUGCUACCACUGGAGAAGGGAUGAAAGAUAAAGAGACAGGUGACACCUAAGGGAAAUGAAGAGUGCUUAGCAUGCUGUGGAAUGUUUUACUUAUUAUGUAUAAAAAUAUUUUUUCUAAUCCUUUUUUAAAUUUCCCUCUGUAAAACUGCAUAUUCAAUACAAGUAUCAGUAUACUAAAUAGGAUAUUGGUAAAGAAACUGUCAACAUUCUAGAGUACAGUCUGAACUUUACUUUUUUUUACUUUCAGUCCAGAAAGAACUUCACAUUUAGAGCUAAGACCACUGAGGAGGGCAAGAGCCAGAGUUCAAGUCUCUCUGCAGGCAGGGAUCCAUUUUAAAGAGCUACUUAGAGAAAUAAUUUUCCCCAGUUCCAAACAAUAGGCUCAAACACUAGAGCUGCUAGUAAAAGGAAGACCAGAUGCUUCUUAGAAUUAUCAUUUUUUCAACUGGAAUAAAAUGUCAAGUUUUUUUGUAGAUGUCUUAGGCAACACUCAGAUCAGCUCUCCUUUACUGUAAGGGGAUAUGGAACUUCAAAGGCCCACAUGCCAAGGCAGGAUAACAUAAAUGUAUGAAAAAGUAAAGAUAAUUGAAAAAUUAAGAAAAAUAAAUCCAAUAUUUGUAAAGUGAAUAACUUCAUCUCUAAUUAAUUUUUUAAAUUCUGAUUUUUAUAUGUUGAGUUUACUUUAAGCAAGACAUUCUUACAUUAGGAAGUGAAGUAAAUUUUAGUUCAGACGCAAAAUUUCAUUUAUUGGGAAUACCUAACACACCAAAACUUUAAAAAAGAAAAAAAAAAGUACUGAGCCACAACAUGUUUUAGAGCAUCCAGGUGCCAUAUAAUCCAGCUACCAUGGUAAGGCCAGAAAUCCUCUAACCUACCAGAGCCUAGAUGAGACACCGAAUUAACAUUAAACUUUCAGUAACUGACUGUCCCUCAUGUCCAUGGCCUACCAUCCCUUCUGACCCUGGCUCCCAGGGAUCUAUGUCUUUUGAUAUACUCACUGCCGCAUUAGGCAAAGUUGCUUCUAAUCCUUGUUUCCCACGUGCACAAGUCUUUCUGUUGUCCAGCUUCCUGAUAACCCUGCUUAUUGUGGAAUAUUCAUUUGACGUCUGUCUCUUUUCAUCUCUUUUAACCACCACGUCCUUGAUAUAUCUUUUGCACCCCCCAGAACUUCAUUUCUGUAUCACCUGACCUCUGGAUGCCAAAACUUUUAUUCUUCUCUGUCUGUUGCAGAAUUUUAGAUAAACCUAUGAAUGGCGAUAUUUUUUGUUAAACAUCUUUGUGUUUUACUGUCACCAGAGCAAUGAAAUUUAUACUCAACUACAUAAUAACAUUUUUAACUACUAAAGGAAUAGUUUUUGUUUAUUUUAAAGUCUUAGCAAUUUCUAUUAUAAUUUUUCUUAGACUUAAUACUUAUGAUAAAUGACUAACAUAGUAAUAAAAUAUUUAUGAAAUAUGACCUUUUCUGAAAGUAUGUACUUUUACAUUUCUAAUUUAUUGAGACCUAUUAGAUGUAAGAGCUGGUAGAAUAUAAAAAAGACUGAGAAUUACUGUACACGGGCAUUACAAUUGUAAAACAAUAUAUCUUUGCUUCAUUGUUUUGUCAAUAAUUGUUACCAGAGAGAUAAAAAUAAAAGCAGAAUAUGUUUCCCUUCUGAAAAACAUUAUUGAUAUGUGCUUCUGUAUGACAAACUUAAAAUGAUUAUUAAAUAGCCAAAUAUAUCUACUACUUUGUUUAUAUUCUUGAAUAAAGUAUAUUUUCCAAAAGUA